GUGUUUUGUCUAGGUUGGUGACCAAUUUAUCUUCCCGCCCAAACCCGUCUUCUACCUUUCCUCUUUUGUGUGCACAGCAAAUGGCGAUGUCCUCCUUUCACAAAAUGGACGAUUCUCCCUCUCAACUGAAAGCCGAAGCUGCGUUUCUCAUUCGCCGCCACUCCGACCAGCUCCGCUCCAUCGCUCUCUCUCCUGACCCCAACCUUCAUUACCCUCUCCACAUCGAUUUUGCAGAACUAAUGGACGACGACCCGCCGCUUGCGCAAUCGCUAUUCUCCCAACCCACCGAUCACCUGCGCCUCUUCGACGAUGCUGCUAUUUGGGCUCAUAAAAUUGUAUUGGGGGAUUUGAAAUUGAAAGGUCACAAAAGUGUGGUUGAGAAGAAAUUCAUUCAUGUUCGUGUAAACAUCAGCGGUUCCCCACUCGAAUGCCCUGAGACUUUUCCACGCAUUGGAAGUGUUCGAGUGAAGCAUCGUGGGAUUCUUCUCACCCUUAAAGGGACGGUGAUUCGUUCUGGAGCGAUCAAGAUGUAUGAAGGGGAGAGAUGGUAUAUGUGCCAGAAAUGCAAGCACAAGUUCCUAGUUUAUCCUGAGCUGGAAGCUAGAAACUCAAUAUCGCUACCUUCAUAUUGCCCUUCUCUGAGUUCGAGACCCUGUGAAGGCAUGAAGUUCAAGGAAUUAGAAGAUUCUAUAAUACGCCAUGAUUAUCAGGAAAUCAAAAUCCAAGAAAGCACACAAGUGUUGGGUGUUGGGGCGAUUCCUCGUUCAAUUCCCGUCAUAUUGAAGGACGAUCUUGUUGACAUUGUUAAAGCUGGAGAUGAUGUAAUCGUUACUGGGAUUUUAACUGCGAAGUGGUCUCCAGACUUAAAAGAUGUGCGUUGUGACCUUGAUCCCAUACUAAUUGCUAAUCAUGCGAGAAGAACCAAUGAGCUGAAGUCAGAAGUUGAUAUACCUGAUGAUGUUAUUAUGAAAUUCAAGCAGUUCUGGUCAGAUUUCCAUGAUUCCCCAUUAAAAGGGAGAAAUGCCAUCCUUCGAGGUAUUUGCCCACAAAUUUUUGGACUCUUCACUGUCAAGCUUGCAGUUGCGUUAACACUUAUUGGGGGUGUGCAACAUGUUGAUGCUUCUGGGACAAAGGUUCGAGGAGAGUCUCAUUUGCUUCUGGUUGGUGAUCCAGGUACUGGGAAGUCUCAGUUCUUAAAGUUUGCUGCAAAAUUGAGCAACCGAUCUGUUAUCACGACUGGGUUAGGAAGCACCAGUGCUGGAUUGACUGUCACUGCAGUCAAGGAUGGAGGGGAGUGGAUGUUAGAAGCUGGAGCCCUUGUUCUUGCAGAUGGAGGGAUUUGUUGCAUAGACGAAUUUGAUAGCAUGAGAGAACACGACAGGUCAACUAUACAUGAAGCCAUGGAGCAGCAGACCAUAAGUGUUGCCAAGGCUGGUCUUGUAACGACUCUCAGCACUAGAACAAUCGUUUUUGGUGCAACGAAUCCUAAGGGACAUUACGAUCCUGAUCAAUCUCUGUCUGUCAAUACAACACUCUCUGGACCCUUAUUAAGCAGGUUUGAUAUAGUCCUGGUCCUCUUGGAUACAAAGAAUCCUGAAUGGGAUGCAGUUGUUUCUUCUCACAUUCUUGCUGAGGGUGAAUCAGAAAAAAGCAAGCAUGAUGAAGAUCUAGCAAAUAUCUGGCCACUUCCUAUGCUUCAGAGGGACAGCAAGUACCACCAGAACCUAAUGUUGAAAAAGGAGUGCAAGUGCCAACAAAUAUUGCUUCAGUGUUUGUGCAGCAAGAAGAACGUAUUGUAGAGCCUAAACCACUAGGUGAGAUAUUUGAACCAUGUUUAGUACAUUUACUAAUUUGUUUAAGAGUCAGAUAUGUUGCUUACUGUUGAGGAAGAUUUCACUAUAAUUGAUGAGGAGAAACUCAACUAGAGUGAAACAAACAGAGGGUGCAUCAUUAUGUGACAAUAUAAUUUGAUGCAUGUGCUACUGAUCAGUGAUCAGCCCUCCUUGGUGCAGGAAGAUUAAAUUCUUGAUGAAGUGGAAACUUUUGAUACAAUGGUCCAUCCUGUGUUUUAUGAUCAUGUUGUUUAUGUGUAACAUUGAUUCCACAUUGGCUUUAUAAUUCCAGAAUAAUUAAAUGAUUUAGUGGUACAUAAGGUUUCCUUUUUUGGUGCUGAUUCCAAGUAAGCCAUAGGUGCUGACUCCUACGUUACCUAUCCUUUACUUUCUGUUCUUUAAUUAUGUUGUUUCAACGUUUUGGUUUUGUCUUGCAUCAUUCUGUCCCAUCAAAUUGUCCACAACACAUACAAUGGAACUGCUUUCCAUAUUAUAUAAUCUUCCUUUCCUCUCUUGUGUUGAUUGUUCUGCUAGCUCCUCUUUGGUGUGGAAUAAGAAAGGAAUCAGGUAAGUAAGAAAUACCUCUCUUGCAGUUAGUGUAGCUAGUUUUUAUAAGCCCUGAGAAUUUCACAUUGGGAUCUUUUCAUUUGGAUUGUUUGUUACCUAAAGAAAGCUCUAGGUCCGAGCAUAUUAUUUAAGAAUGGUCAUCUCAGAAUAGAAGGUUUCACUGAGGCAUAUUGGGCAAUAACACCUUCAACAGGGGCCUAACACUGGGAACCUUGUAACUUGGAAAAGUCAGAAAGAGAACAUAGUUGCUUGGUCAAAUGCUGAAUCAAAAUACAGAGCAAUGGAACUUGCUGCAAGUGAGCUAUCUUGGUUACAACACUUUCUUUAGGAGUUAGGCUUCUCAGUACCUACUCCUAUUCCACUAUAGUGUGAUAACCAAGCCGCUGUACACAUUGCUUCCAAUCUUGUGUUCCACGAGAAGACCAAGCAUGUUGAAGUAGAUUGCCACUUUGUUCAGGAAAAUUUGCUAAAUGGAUAAAUUACUAUGCCAUUUGUGAAGUCUAAAUAUCAACUUGCAGAUACCUUUACAAAGUCAUUAUGUAGGAGUUGAUUAGAGUACAUUUGUUCCAAGCUGGACUUGUAUGAUAUAUAUGCUUCAGUUUUAAGGGAAUUUUAGAGAGUCAAUAUUGUGUAGGUAGUACCAUGGUACUCUAGAAUAAUUGUGUUGCACCCUAUUGAAGAGUCUAGACUAUCCUAGGGGUGAUGUGUUGUCCCUCACCAGUUGCCGUAGUCAAGAAUCUUCCCUAUUUUUGUAACUAACUAUCCCAUAUAUAUGGAAUAUAGUGGAUGAGGGUAGACAAGAUUUUUUAGCUCAUCUUUUUUCUAUCUUUGCAUUUGAUUCCUUUCUAAAUGCUUCUCUAACAAUUUUCAAUCAUUGUUUCUUCACAAUCUACAUUUUUGCACA